AUGAUCGUGUCUAAAUUGGCUCUCAUAGCCGGCCCCUUGACGAGGUUUACUCUGGCUCGUUCCAUUCACCUGGAUGAGUCUCAACAGAUACUCGGUGAUGUGUCCCCAAUUGCUUUCAAGUGUGAUAUUCCUCCAGUGCUAGACCCUUCCAAAGAUGGACUGCCGGCUGCUCGUGAUAUCUUCUCCGAUCAUGAGGCAUUGCUACUUCAGGUCAAGAGGCACAGUACCGUAGUAAAGAUACCCACCAUCUCUUAUGACGAUAAUGGGGAGCCCGGAGAAGACACCAGAUGGGAGGUGUUCUAUGAUUUACACAGGGCUUUGGCUGCUUUAUAUCCCAAUAUUCACCUACGGGCGACUCGCGAGACGGUGAAUACAUUCGGUUUGGUAUUUACAAUUCAGGGGACAGAACCUACCCUUAAACCGCUCCUGUUAGCUGCACACCAAGACGUGGUGCCCGUUGCCGAUGCUUCAACUUGGAAAUAUCCUCCAUUUUCCGCCCAUUUUGAUGGACAAUGGCUAUGGGGACGAGGCGCAUCAGACGAUAAGAAUAGUUUGACUGGCCUCUUCUCCGCUCUAGAAGCUCUGCUGUCGAACCCUCGCUGGGUACCUAGACGAACUAUAAUCCUUGCACUUGGAUUCGACGAGGAAUCCUCAGGUCGCAGAGGAGCUGGUCAUAUUGGACCUUUCUUGGAAAAGAGGUAUGGCCCCGACUCCAUAGAUCUGAUCCUCGACGAAGGAGGGAUGGGAUUGCAGUUGCUUGGUAAUAAUACCUUAUAUGCUCUUCCUGCUGUCAUGGAGAAAGGCCAUGUGGAUAUCUGGUUAGAACUUUACGUAAAUGGGGGUCACUCAUCGAUACCGUUUCCGCACACUGGUAUCGGUAUAAUGGCCGAGUUCAUCAACCAUCUAGAAUCUAAUCCGUGGAAGCCCAAACUCAUCGAAGGUUCGCCUAUCUAUAACCACUUCGUGUGCCAGGCGAAAUACUCCCCAGGCGCGGCACCGAAUAUCACUAAGCUUAUUAACAAAGGAGACUUGGAAACAUUAACCAAAGAACUGGCGACGAUUGAUCGAGCAACUCAGUAUCGCAUACAGACUUCUCAAGCUGUCGACUAUUUCCUCGGAGGAGUAAAAAUCAAUGCCAUGCCCGAGUAUAUUAAAAUUGGUGUCAACCACCGCAUCGCGCCUCAGGACUCCAUACAAGCGGUGAAGGCCAAUAUCUUGGAAAAGAUCAAGCCGAUCGUGAAGAAAUUUGGGCUAAAAGUCAGCGCCUUCAAAGGAGAGGAACAUAAUCCGGAUAUUGAACUAGAUGUGGACCCGAUGUAUGAGGUCGAAUACAACGGAACGCUCGUUCUCACUUCGUCUCAACCUACUCUGGUCACUCCGAUAUCGCCGACAUCAGGGCCGGUCUGGGAUGUUUUCUCGGGAACCAUUCAGCAUAGCUUUGCUUUCGAAGGGGGUAAGGUAAUUCCCGUGGGUGAACUUAUGACUGGCAAUACGGACACUCGCCACUAUUUGAACUUGAGCCGUCACAUUUAUCGGUGGACGCCAACUCGUCAGGGGCAUAACGUGAAUGGCCAUACGGUUGACGAAGGGGUGGAUAUGUAUGCGCAUCUGGAACUUGUUAGGUUCUAUUACGAUUUAAUCAGGAAUUUUGAUGCGUUUCCUGUUGUGGCUUUUGAAGAGCAAGAGAUAGAUAUUGGAGAGCUGUGA